UACUUAAAUUUUAUUUUUGAUAGAUGAAAGACACAAAACCUCUACAAUGGAAGAAAAAAGAUGGAGACAAAGAUUUGAAGAGUUUAAAAAUAAACAGAUGUAUCCAAGACGGGCUGUACUGAACCAGAACUCAAACAUAGAGAAAUAUAAGACUGCGACCAAUUCUAUUAAACGUAUUGGGUUUCCUGGGACUAGGAAAGAUACAAGUUUAGAAAAAUUUCCCUCGGAGACAAAUGAAGGAUAUAGAUUUCAAGAAAAGCCGAGUUUAAGUCCUGGGCUCCCCCCUUCAACUUUUCUCAUCAGCAAUCUACUCAGUUCGGACCCAUUAGUGAAUGUUUAUGAUAUAAACCCCAGUGUGAAGAGACCGACCUUUAAUUCAAGUGAAAACAGAAGAAGAGGCUCUCACGAUCAUAAACCACAAAGACGAAGACAAGUUUCUAAUUAUCAAUUGUUUUCAAGGCCCGGGCCCCCUUAUCCAGGACCUAACCCUAAAAAUACUAAGUUACCUCUAGAUAAAACUAUAAUAAUUCCUUAAAUAUAUUUUCCUG